GGGCAAACGGCCACUACUAUAAGGGGAGGCAGGAGGCUUACCAGCACCUCCCCUCCCCCAACGGCCAUUUCUACGGCACGGUCACGUGCCUUAAGGCCCCGCACGCACGGCCCUACCACACCUGCGUCCGGCGGGUCGCAGGGCCAGGCAGGAACCCACAGUCCACGGGGGGAGGAGGAAAAUAGGAGUCCCGCCCCUCCCCCCAGGCCCAGUGCCACUGGGGCUAGGGGCAAUACACGCGGGCCCCAUUCUCCAACAGCCACCAGACCACAUGGGCCCAGGAUUAGCAGUCCACGGGGGGGUAGUGCAGAACCCUCAUCGCCCCCUGGCCCUCAAUCCACCAACACCAGGUCCCAAAAAAGGGCACCCACUACUGCUGGUCCCACCCCUCCCCCCAGCCAAAAUAUUAUACAAGUUCCCCUUGCUACCGGCAAGGGAAAACAACCUGCAGCACGUGUUACCCGUAAGGGUGACAAAAUUGGAACGGCCACGGCGCAGGUGUCCGGCCAGGCACCUCGCAGAGAUGUUACGGCCUCAGAGGCGGGGCCAGGUACUUCAGCCUCCUUUAACACCCAUACGGCUCUUCCAGUACAAAGGGUGGCCACCUCCGCUCGGGAGAUGAGUGGGGAACACAGUAUACAGGCAGGUAGAUUGGGCCUAUCUGACCACGUAACACCCCGUCGGCGGAGUAGAUCCAGUAGCAUUAGGUCUCGGAGAAGCAGGUACCAGUCAUCCAGGUCUAGGAGCAGGUCCCACACCCACAACAUAUCACGGGGCCAUCGCACGGCUCACCACGGGGCCAGGUCACAUAGCGGAAGGGCUUCCGUAGACAGAACCCCCCACAGGGAGAGGGAUGGGGGGUGGAGGACGGAACACUCUCGCUCUUGCUUGUCUUUCAGGAAUGGUUCCAGUGAAUCCGAUGGGGACCGGGACAGGACUGGCAGGACAAGGAGCAGACGGAACCAUAGAAGCAAUUCCACCGACAGGGGGAGACGGUAUCACAGGUGCCAUUCGUCCAUCAGCCACGGAGGGGUCAGCAGGAGCCGGUCGUCCUCCAGGAGAGCAAGGGUGUCAAGGAGCCGUUCCGCAAGCAGGGCCGGACGGCACGUCAGGAGUCGCCCAUCAGCUCACACCGGCCAAGUCAACGCCUGCAAUUCAACCAGCCAUCCACGUUCCAUGGCUCGUCAGACGGCUCAGGAGGGGCCAGGAGCAGCACAAGAAGUUUCACCACAACUAGCAAGCCUGGUUACGGUCCCAGAGGUUUCUACUGCCCCGGGACCAGGAGGUGGUUCAAUUUCUGUGUGGUUACUGGGCCAUUCCUACAUCUCCUGGGCCAGACGGCGAGCCGCAGUUAAGAACUCUGGUCCGCAGCUGGGCUUUCCCGAAGGCCGGGUGAAUAUCCACUGGUUUGGCGUUCCAGGUUUGCGGUGGCCAGGAGUCUGGCCUACAUUGUUGCGGCACGUAAGGUCUGGUCGCCGUCCAGAUGUGUUACUUAUACACGCUGGCGGUAAUGAUAUGGGACUUCGGUCUCAGCGUGAGUUGGUGUUAACUAUGAAGCAGGACUUAGAUAGAAUUCGGGGAUUGUUCCCGGAUUUGAUUCUGGUUUGGUCUGAGAUGGUACCGCGUUUAGUUUGGAGAUAUGCCAGGAAUGGGGACAAAAUGGAUAAGAGCAGGGUCAAGGUGAACAAGUUAAUGGCCUCGUUUGUGAGAAAGUUUGGAGGAAUUGUUGUACGCCAUUCCGACCUGGACGAUAAAAUGCCAGAUUAUUUCAGUAAGGACGGAGUUCACCUGUCCGAGUUGGGGAAUUCCUUUUUCACCUUGGCCCUCAUGGAGGGUAUUGAACGGGCCCUCGGAUUAUUGAGUGGCGGGUCGUGCCGCGCUUAAGGUGUCAAGCGGCCACGCCAGUGGCGGAGGGUACCUUUACAAGGACCCCCAGGGGGAGUUAAAAUUGGGUAUUUUGCAGCAAUGGUAUGUAGCCUGGUAGGCCUGGGUUCCCAUGGGAUGUAGCCUGGUUUAGGGCCCGGGAAAAUGGAGGAGGAACCAAGCUUACCAGUUGAGGCUCAGCACCCACACCCCCCCCCUUUUGUCCCGGGGGGGGGAUGAUAUAAAGGUGGGGUAAAAUGGUUUGUUAUACAAACUGCUUGUUAAGUUAAAUAUGUUAUACAUGUUAAGUAUGGUAUUAUUUUGUUAAAUAAACAACUGCGGCCAUCUCUUUCCAAACCAGUGUUGUGUGUGUGUAUCAUUGGGCAGGAGGUAUGGGGUUUCACUCAGAGGGGAGGGGUACAGACUCGACGCUGCACCUGUCAUGGAACCCAAUGAGCCGGUUAGGGAAGCAGGGCCUGACAGGGUUAAGGAGAGGGCCACUCCCCGCCCCCUUUUGCUGUGGUGCGCUAGGAUUGGCCAAUUUGUUCCCGGGUUCGGCAGAGGAGGCAGAGUUACAGGAUACUCACCAGUCGGCGCCGGGACGUGGAAGCAGCAGGACGCAGCAUCCCGCCCCCCCUCCCUGUAGCAUGGCGGUUACUGUCGCAGUUGGCGGAGGGUACCUUUACAAGGACCCCCAGGGGGAGUUAAAAUUGGGUAUUUUGCAGCAAUGGUAUGUAGCCUGGUAGGCCUGGGUUCCCAUGGGAUGUAGCCUGGUUUAGGGCCCGGGAAAAUGGAGGAGGAACCAAGCUUACCAGUUGAGGCUCAGCACCCACACCCCCCCCCCUUUUGUCCCGGGGGGGGAUGAUAUAAAGGUGGGGUAAAAUGGUUUGUUAUACAAACUGCUUG